AUGUCCGGCCGUCCACUCCCGGGGCAGAGGCGGCAACAGUUCCGUGACUUCUUCGUGACUCUGGACCAGCAUUUCGGCGACGGCUGCGGUUAUACCGAAGUUGCCGUCGAUUUGCAUCGGAGGGUGUAUUACGUGCGGGUGUUCUUGGCAUCCCUGAGCCGGGCGUUUAAGGCUGAACGCCACUCCAAUCGACCACUCCCUCACAUACCUGAACGGGGGCAGCGAAUUUCGACACCUACCGGCGCAUGCAAUGGCACUUAUACAAUGGAUGAGAUUGAAAAUGAAUUGAAAGUCGUGAAAAUAGAUGUGAAUAAUGAACUGGCUAAAUUGGACAGGGAGGGUCGGACUGCCGAGGGCUUGGAGUUAAUAGCAUAUAUGGAAAGUAUUAACGGACUGAUUGAGGCAAUUGAAAUGAGCAAGCCCCCACCCCCACCCGAUACACAAAACAUGACGUGUCGAGUUAAACAUGGUGUUGCCGUUGAGAUUGCACGUUUAGAGGGAUAA